CCCGCCCGCCCGCCCGUCCGUCCGCGCGGCCCCAUCCGCAGCAGCCGAACAAAGGAGCCGUCGGGGAGGAAAGGCAAGAAGCAAAGGGAGGCAGGAAGGAAGGAAGGAGGGAGAGAAGGAAGGAAGGAAGGAAGGAAGGAAGGAAGGAAGGAAAGGAGGAGAGAAGCAGCCCCAGCCGCCCCGUCCGUCCAGCCAUCCAUCCCGCCAUCCCCGCCAUGACGGCCAACGGGACCGCCUCGUCGCCGUCGGCGCCCUCCGAGUCGCUGCCCAUCCAGUUCGGGCUGAUCAACUGCGGCAACAAGUACCUGACGGCCGAGGCCUUCGGCUUCAAGCUCAACGCCUCGGCGCCCAGCCUGAAGAAGAAGCAGAUCUGGACGCUGGAGCAGGAGGGCGACGACUCCGGCGGCGUCUUCCUCCGCAGCCACCUGGGCCGCUACCUGGCGGCCGACAAGGACGGGCAGGUGAGCUGCGAGCGCGAGGCGCCCUCGGCCGACUGCCGCUUCCUGAUCGUGGCGCACGACGACGGCCGCUGGUCGCUCCAGUCCGAGCCGCACCGGCGCUUCUUCGGCGGCACCGAGGACCGCCUCUCCUGCUUCGCCCAGGCCGUCUCGGCCGCCGAGAAGUGGCGCGUCCACCUGGCGCUCCACCCGCAGCUCCACCUCUUCAGCCUCAGCCGCAAGCGCUACGCCCGCCUGGACGCGGCGGGCGAGGAGCUGGCCGUGGGCCGCGACGUGCCCUGGGGCGUGGACGCGCUGGUCACGCUGCUCUUCCACGAGGGCCGCUACCGGCUCCAGGCCCGCGACCACCGCCUCCUCCGCCACGACGGGCAGCUGGUAGGCCGCGCCGAGCCGGCCGCCGAGUUCACGCUGGAGUUCCGCGCCGGCAAAGUGGCCUUCCGCGACUGCCAGGGCCGCUACCUGGCGCCGUCGGGGCCCAGCGGCACGCUCAAGGCCGGCAAGGCGGCCAAGGUGGGCAAGGACGAGCUCUUCCUGCUGGAGCAGAGCUGCCCGCAGGUGGUCCUGCGCGCCGCCAACGAGCGCAACGUCUCCACCCGGCAAGGGAUCGAUCUCUCAGCAAACCAAGAUGAAGAGGAGGACCAAGAGACCUUCCAGAUGGAGGUCAACAGAGAGACCAAAAAAUGUACCUUCAGGACUUGUACAGGGAAGUACUGGACUCUGACCUCCAAUGGUGGGGUGCAAUCCACUGCCUCAACUAAGAAUGCCAACUGUUACUUCGACAUUGAGUGGUGUGACCGGCGUAUCACUCUGAAGGCUGCCAACGGCAAAUAUGUCACUGCCAAGAAGAAUGGGCAGCUUGCUGCUACCGUUGAAACUGCCAGUGAGACAGAGCAGUUCCUCAUGAAGCUGAUCAACCGGCCAAUCAUUGUUUUCCGUGGAGAACAUGGCUUCAUUGGCUGUCGGAAGAUGACAGGCACCCUAGAUUGCAAUCGGUCCUCUUACGAUAUCUUUCAGCUGGAAUUUAACGAUGGUGCCUACAAUAUCAAAGAUUCCACUGGGAAAUACUGGACGGUGGGAAACGAGGCGUCCAUCACCAGCAGCAGCGAUUCUCCCGUGGACUUCUUCUUUGAGUUCUGCGAUUUGAACAAGGUGGCCAUUAAAGUCAACAACAAAUACCUGAAGGGCGACCAUGCUGGGGUCCUCAAAGCCUCUGCCGAUGCCAUUGACCCCUCCACCCUCUGGGAGUAUUAAAUGCACUUUAGUCUCCUUCCCUUCCGCUCUACGCUUCCUCUCUCCCCCACUUCCUUUUUUUUCGGUUGCCAAGUUCCUGCAGGAAUUUCCUUUUGAUAUGUUCUGGUGUGUCUUUUACAAAAGAGAGGGAUUCUGUCUUUCAGACUGGCCUGCUGCUUUUGGCCUGCCAUGCCAUUGUUGUUUGCUUAAGUUGGCCUUUUCCCUUUGUUAUGUGAGUUCACUUAAAACUGGAAUGAAGCAUCAUUUGUUUGCAGAAAAAUGUCCUGCCCUCACCUUACGGACUUUUUGUAGGGAGAAAGGAAAAGUUGGGUGGUAGCUGAACAGAUCUCUCCUUUGGCCUCUGCUUGUCCUUCUGAAUUGAAAAGGAAUAUAUUUCUCCUAAUUGGAAUCGGAGCACGUGUCCACUCCAUCCCCCACCAGUUAAGUCUUCUCCUCAGAAGGAGAGUCCUCAGGAAGAGCUAGUAUUGAGGUCAGCAAGAGGCCACUUUGGAGAGGGUCUUCAGUGCCUCACCUUCUGGCUCAGCGUAGGUGGGCAUCCGUAACUCUUGUUCCAACUGAGCCUUCCAGUUUGAAGUGGCAUUAUCUGUAGUAGGAAUGAAGAGCUCUCUUGGCUUUGGAUCUUAAGUUUCUUGCCCCCGUCUCUCGCAAAGAUAGAGAAGAAGUAGCUUAGCGUAUCUUGUCGUUCCAUGGGAGGAGAGAAGGGGUUGGCGAAAAGAGUCAAGAGGCGAAUCUAAGAUGAGUUACCAAAACAGCAGGACAGAAGCUCUGUCUUUAUGCUCACAGACCAAAACAAGCUGCUUUUUAUGAAUGGAAUUGUACUGGAACUCAACCCAUUCAUCUCAUCAUCAAAGACUUGAGUGAAUUCCUUGUUCCUUCUACCCUUGUGUGCUUUUAGGUGCCCCCCAAAGCAUCUCUGAACAUCUCUCCAAAACACACCGAGAAGCCAUUGAUGCUGCCUUAUGGUUCCUUUCCCUUUCUCUUUGGAAGGUGCAACUGUUGUCGAAUUUCCCUUUUUUCUCUCCUCUUUUCUAGCUUCUCAUAAUUUGGGGUCUUAGAAUUUCAUUAGAGCAGGCCAGUUGCCUACAGAGGGUCGCAUCAGAUAAGGCGUUGAGUUGCACGUUAAUAUGUCCGCAUGUCUUUUCUCCUCCCUUUUGCCUUGGGUGGGGAGAACCAUCUCAACAUCUCCUAUUUCCCUCCACCAUUCACCCAUGACAGAGUGGUUUCCCCGCCAGCAGCUGACACAACUGACUUGGAGAAAGAUCUCCGGUUGAACAGAACCUUAGUCAGGGCACAGAUCAGUCUGCAGGAGGACUGAGACCUGUGGAUCUCUCUUGGUUUUCCUCCCAAGUACUUCCCACUGAAGUGUCUUCACAGAUUUGGGAGGAGAUAUAAAAGACAAGAGGGGGGAAGGCAAUAGGAGGAGGAGAGGGUCAAGCCGAGAUGAAGCCAUGCUGUGCAUCCACAAAUGUUCAGGGGAAACCUCCAUCGCCAACUAUCUGUGUUCCUUAAACUAGCAUCAUUUGCACAAUACACGUUCACUACAUCGUUCUACCUGUUGACCUGAACUGGAAUUUGUCGUCUUCUCACCAUCCCUUCUCCAAAUUGUAUCUCUGAAUCAAUAUAGCCAUUUCUGGCUUCUGCAUCCCAGCAACUUCUCAAAUCUCAUCUCAUCUCUUCUCUCUCAGCAAGUUGUAUGAGGGUCACCCCAGGAUGGCUUCCAAGCAUCAUCUCAUGCCCCACGGGGCCCGCUUCUUUGAUCCCCCACUUGCCCCGCAGAAUCCCUAAAAGUGGAAAGUUGAUCAGGAAGUGUCUUCUCGUGACUUAGAUCAACCUGUCCUCUGAGCCAACCUAACGUAGCCGCCCUACUAGAUUUGCUGUUCUACAUAGCCAACUUCGAUCUUUGUAAUAUGUUGCUUAACUCUUUGGGAAGCCCGGAAGAGUCUUGUGUGCACGCACACUUUUGUGUGGAUUUAUUAUUAUUUUUUGUCCAAUGUGAUGCCUUCUUGGGGUUUUAAUCUCUGUUUCUUUAGGCCAAGCAGACCCCCAAUUUACACUGAAGUCCGCAAGGACUUUGCUUGAAUGGUGCUCUGGUUCUCUUUCUACCCAAAUCCAUGAAUUUGUUAAGACCCAAAUUUGUACUUGCUAAACACGUAAUUUUACAGAAUGCACAGGAGUGGGGUUCGCCAAAUUUUCAAAGGGGUGGUGGGUUUUUGAUUGACCGAGAGAACAUCAGGGACAUGUCCUAAGCCUUAAAAAGCAUCCACACUCUGGCAUCAUAAGGUGUCUUCAAUAGGAAUUGGUGCUCUAACGUCAUAGCAAUGAAAAUUAUUUGCCUUAUGAGUAAAAGAGGGCUUGAGCUGGGGUUCACCUGGGAAUCUGAACUGGAGUGUGCUGGAAAGUUCUGGAAACUAUAAAAACUUGUGAAAGAAACUACAGUUUGGGGGGGGGCAGAGAUGACUACCCAGUGGGCGUGUUUGUUGGCCUUCACAGUUUGUCCUGUGUCCUGUCUCUUGCCCACCUGGUGGGAACUGGAUCAUGUACACCUCACUGCCUUUCCUCCCGUUAACAGUUUUUUAAGUCAAGAAUUCUUGAUUCCUAUUUCCUUGACUAUUGUGGCUAUGAAAAGCAUCUCAUAUCCUGAUAAUGUUUAGUUAACGUUUUGUUUUUGUUUUCCCUUUUAAAAACACUUUUGUAAGUGCCAUUUGUAUAAGAAGCAUCAAAUGGAGAAUUGACAAAAUAAAAACCUGCAUACAGAUAUGAAACGAA